AUGCCGCGCGCAGAAGCAGGAAGCACGAAAGCCAUCAGCAACAAGAUCAAAUCUAAAGGCCUUCAGCGACUCCGAUGGUACUGCCAGAUGUGCGAGAAGCAAUGCCGAGAUGAGAACGGAUUCAAAUGUCAUACCCAGAGCGAAAGCCACGUGAGAAACGCUCUUUUGGUUGGCGAGGAUCCGAGAAAGUAUAUCGAGGAGUACAGCAAGGAAUUUUUGAAUAACUUCCUUACUCAGUUGAGGACGUCUCACCAGGAAAAAGCUAUACACGCCAACAUAUUUUACCAGACUAUAGUCGCGGAUAAGACGCACAUACAUCUAAACGCUACAAAAUGGAAGAGCCUUACACAAUUUGUGGCUCAUCUUGGACGGGAAGGGCUUUGUCGCGUUGAGGAGACGGAGAAGGGUCUUUUUAUUGCGUAUAUCGAUCGGAGUCCGGAGGCGAUGAGGCGGAGAGAGGCUCUCUCGAGGAAGGAGCGUCAGGAUCGCGGUGAUGAGGAGAGAGAGCAACGACAGAUUCAGGAGCAGGUCGAGCGCGCGAGACAAAACGCAGACAAGCAGGAGGAGAUAGAUCCCGAAGCGAGGAAUCUGCAGCGGAAGGAGGGCGAGAAAGUCAAGCUUAAUAUUGGCUUUGGUUCGAAGGCGAACAGCGAAUCCAAGACCGAAUCCCCGAAACCACAAUCUCCCGAGGAAAAGGAUAACGCCGCUUCGGCAACGCCGGAGCCUGCCGCUGCUUCUGCAUCUCCAGAUUCGGCCCCGGUCCCGACCCCCGAUUCUGCUCCUGCUCCUGCUCCUGCUCAGGAUGCGCCAAAGCCGGCAGUCAAGCUGUCGAUGUCGUUGGGUGACAAGAAACCGAAGAAUGUGUUUGCUGCUGCUGCAAAGAAGAAUCCCCUUGCCGGAAAGAAGGGCCCUGUGAUGGAAGCUCCCAAGAAGAUGAGUGAGCAGGAGAGGAUCAUGAAGCAGGAAAUGGAGGCAAUGGAAAAGAAGCGCAUGCGUGGUGGAUUUGGAAUGCCGAACCCUAAGCGUCCAAAAUUGUCUUGA